UCCGCCCUCCCCCUCUGUGCUUGUUUCCAGCAGCAUUCAGUCACAGAACAGAAGGCAGCGGCUCGUAACCGUCCAGCGUCCUACAGCGCCUAGCGGCGGCUCCACUAGCAGCAGAUCCUCUAGCAUGGCGCUCGGUGCGGUCGGAGUUCCGUUGUGUCCUUUCUCAUGUUAGCUUUUACUACAGUAUCUGACAGAAGUACAUCUAUACUACACGUUGUACCCGUCUGAAGAGACCUCAUCUCCGGAGAGAAGAGGAGUAUCUAACCGCUGAAUCCUCCAGAGAAGAAGCUCUAGUGUUGUUCUCCAACAGCAGCCUGUAAACUAGUAACAUUAGCACAAAACUGGGAGAUACGAGGCAACAAGAGGAGGAGUCCUGUUCGGGAAGAGCUGAUGCAGAUGCCAUGGCCACAGCCGAGGUAUGGGCGUAACGUGACAGCGCUGGUCCUGCUUCCAAACAGAAACCUCAUCAGCGUCAUGUUUUUUCUGCUGAAGUAGCGGCAGAGCACACACGAGAGAGAAUGGACGAGUCAGUGUUGUUGGAUUUGCUGGAGUGCCCUGUUUGUCUGGAGCGGCUGGACGCCACGGCGAAGGUCCUUCCCUGUCAGCACACCUUCUGCCGCCGAUGUCUCCAAGGCAUCCUGGGCUCACGCGGAGAGCUGCGCUGCCCGGAGUGCCGGACGUUGGUGGAGUGUGCCGUGGACGAACUCCCCAGCAACAUCCUCCUUGUGCGCCUGUUGGACGGCAUCAAGCAGAGGCCUCGGAGGGCCGGUCCCGGGGCGGGGGUCUGCACAAAUGGUACGUCUGGAGCCGUGGCCAGACCGCACACCAGUGGAACCAGGGACCAGGGCACCCCGGGAGCACAACCCCAGCGAGCUCAGGCUAAGAGCACCCUUGUUCGGGGUGUACCCCAGCUCCCCUGUGCCAAGGCGCUCUACAACUACGAUGGCAAGGAACCAGGAGACCUCAAGUUCAUCAAGGGCGACGUUAUCAUCCUGCGCCGGCAAGUGGACGAGAACUGGUACCACGGGGAGAUGGGCGGAGUCCACGGCUUCUUCCCCACCAACUUUGUCCAGGUCAUUAAGCCGCUGCCGCAGCCGCCGCCUCAGUGCAAAGCUCUGUACGACUUUGAGCUCAAAGACAAGGAGGCAGACAAGGACUGCCUGCCGUUCUCCAAGGAUGAUAUCCUGACUGUGAUCCGCAGAGUGGAUGAGAACUGGGCAGAGGGAAUGCUGGGAGAUAAAAUUGGAAUUUUCCCCAUCUCAUAUGUCGAGUUCAACUCGGCAGCUCGUCAGCUUAUAGAGUUGGACAAGCCGUCAGACUCCAGUGGAGACUCUGGUGAGGGGGCCUCCUCGGGGCCCCAGAGCAACGGCGCCCAGCGUGCAGGGGAGAAGAAGAACAGCAAGAAGCGACAUUCCUUCACCUCUCUCACCAUGUCCCACAAGCCCAUGCUAGCUCCUCCCCCCCAGCGCCACUCCAUGGAGAUCAGCGGGCCGGUCCUCAUCAGCUCCAGCAACCCCACGGCAGCUGCCCGAAUCGGAGAGAUCAGCGGGGGGCUUUCCUGCAGCGCACCUUCACAGGUACACAUUUGCACAACUGGACUCAUCGUGACCCCGCCCCCUAGUAGUCCUGUUACUACGGCAACAGUCUUCACGUUUCCCUCGGAUACGAGCUACACGUCCAUCUCUGUGGAUGCUCUCCCGCCGCCCCCACCUCCUCCCCCUCAGUCCUCCGUCGACGGAGCGGCGUACUCGUUGGCUGCCGGACAGAGACCCUCCCCCAGCAUAAGCGACCAAAGUGGGAGACAAAGACCCACAGUCUACGUGGCCAUGUUCCCCUACAUUCCCCGUAAGGAGGACGAGCUGGAGCUGAGGAAGGGAGAGAUGUUUCUGGUGCUGGAACGCUGUCAGGACGGCUGGUUCAAGGGCACCUCCAUGCACACCGGCAAGAUCGGAGUCUUCCCUGGGAACUACAUGAGCCCAGUCAGCAGGACCGCGUCAGGGAGCACGCAGCCCAAAGUGCCCAUGAGUCUGUGCACUCAGGCGGGCAGAGGGGUCACCAUCGUCAGCCCCUCGUCUGCAGCCCUCGGGGCCAUCGUUCCAGGUCCCGAUUUCAACAAACCCCUCACCGUGAGCUCCGGCGCUCCACCUGCCAACUCCCAACCUGCAGCCGUGGCAACAGCAGCUCAGACCGCCACAGGUCAACAGCCAAAGGUCCCUCUGCACGUCAGCUCCCAGAUGACUGUGAAUCAGGCUCGCAACGCCGUCAGGACAGCUGCGUGUCACAGUCAGGACCGGCCCACAGCAGCUGUGACUCCCAUCCAGUCUGCGACACCUGUCCCCUAUCUCCCACACCUCACCGUUUGCCCGCAGCCUUCCUCCAACCCCAACCAGUGCUGCACCCGGGCGGGCGUGGCUAUGGGCUGCGCCGCUGCGUCUCUGACUCCACCCAAUGUCAGCGCUGCGUCCUUGGAGGGUGACGCUCUGAGAUCAGUUGCUAUCCUCACCGUCCCCGGCUCGGGGAACAGCUCUGCUCUCAAUCCCUCGUCUAACAGCGCGGCUCUCGCGAGCCGACUGGACAAAGACGUCAAGAGAGAAAAGAAAAGCCUUCUGAAGCUGUUGUCCUCCAAUAAGAAGAAGUCUCGCCCGUCGCCGCCCUCCUCUCCCACCCUCGAGGCGGAACAAGCUGCUGCUGCUGGAGAGGUGCUCCACGGUGCCGUGGGCCCCGACACCUCCCCUCCCUCCGGCUCUGAGCCUGAACCUGCUGCUGCUGUCGCCUCGGCGUUCUCACCCUCUUCAGUCCCAGAGUCCUCUCAUAGGAAGAGCAGUCCCCUCGAUGGAUGUGCACCUAUCGCUCCGCCUCCUCGCCAGCCGUGCUCCUCUCUCUUAUCUCAACAGCACGACGCAAGGCCCAUCAUAUGUGAGAGGUACAGAGUGGUGGUGUCAUAUCCUCCCCAGAGCGAGGCGGAGCUGGAACUCAAGGAGGGAGACAUUGUGUUUGUUCACAGAAAGAGGGAGGACGGCUGGUUCAAAGGCACGCUGCAGAGGAACGGCAGGACCGGACUGUUCCCUGGCAGCUUCGUAGACAGCAUCUAACACACACGCACACACACACACACACACACACACUACAGUGAACCACGACCGUGCAAAACCAAACGGAUCAGCGCUCACAAGGUUGCCGGGACAGAACCUUCAUAUACUGACACUUUAACUCCUUAGAGAAAGAACGCUAUGAGAGAGAGAGAGAGAGAGAGCUGCAGAGAAGAACGGAACAUGUCGUCAUUGGAAGCACAGAGUUAGAGGAGAGCACACUACUCAUGAACUUUUCCUUUUUUUUGUUGGUUAUUUAUAUCUUUGUAACAAUUCAGCUGUUAAAUGUGUGCCUUGUACUGUUCCUCACUUUAUUGUACAUAAAGGACACAAAGAUGAUUAGUCCUAAAACAACCAAUAUGAGCUGUUGAUAUAGAUAUGUUACACAUUUUAACUUAUUUCAUAGAUUGGCCUUUUUUUUUUUUUUCAGUGCAACACAUUAAGCUGGCACACGCCUUACUUCAUAUUUGACCACAUCUGACUGCUGUUUUGUAUUAUUUCUAACUGUCAGCAGCAGACAGGAGGAGGUGUAUCAGAUGCAACCGGCAAUAACAAAUGAGCAGUGUCACCAUCGCUUGUGCCAUGUAGAAGGAAAAAACGAUACUUCCUCCGUCUCUCUGAAGGCGUUAUUACCUAAACCUGAGGAUCAUCGGAGAGAUCAGCCGUAUUGCACAUUCGAGCGACCCUUCCUAAGUCCCGCCCCUCUUCGCUCUGUGCUCCAAUAACAGUUGAGCAAGCUUAGUGUCAACUUUGCCAUUUCCUGUUAUACUUUUAUAUGCUACAAGCUAAUGCUAUAUCAAGCGGCGUUUGCAUUCGCCCAGUGCAUGAUGGGAGUGUUGCGGUGAGUUGGAGAGGGUUCUGUAUUUUUAAUGCGACGCCUCCAAGCUGUCAAACUAGGCAAUUUAGUUCUAAAAUGAAACCAGAUUCAGCAGUUGCAUUGACUAUUUUUCAUCUAAAAUGUCAUCAGAAGUAGAUUUUGGUGGAUCGUUAUCACCAAUUAUCACCGUAAUAACAGAAAGUUUACGAGCCGGCCGCCAUGUUCCUGUUUAAAAACCAUCGACCAAUCAGGUGCUUUCCACGAUAGGGUACGUCACCACUUGAGUGGAGCAGUGCGUCCCCUAGUGGCCUCAUCGUAUCUGGUGGUCAUGUAACGUUAUGGUACGUGUCCAAACGGGCGUUUUUUUGGACGUUAGGGGUCGUGUCGCUAACCCAGCAUUGGACGCUUGUUGAUGAGCGAUUGGACAAACGCUUUCCCUCGUGGGCUGCUGCUCCCAGCUUUCAAAUCCCAACCAACAUGGCGUCUCAUUUGGUAACUUUCUUCUCGUAUAUUAUAUAAAAUAGUUUACUGAAAUGUGUUUCUGAGAACAUUUGAGGCGAGAAAUAAGCCUGAAUCUGUCUUCAUUUUUAAGAUCAGCAACGAUGAGUUUCCAGAGGGCGGCAAGUCACUCUGGAUGCCCGUGAUUUGGCAUAAAGUAGCCUAGACCUCAACUUUAUGUAAAUGAGGAUCGGCCAACAUAAAGCCCUUUCUCUCGGAACAUAACGCAGCGCUACCAGAAUGCAUUGCAUGGCUGCUUACGUAGACAAUGAAUGGGAAGUAUGGAAAUUAAAUGUCAAAUCACCAACGUCAGCCAGGUUUUUGCUUCCUCCUUAUUUCUGUGGUAACGUUAAAGAGAUCUGGAAAAGGGCAGAUUGGUUGGUUGCUGACAUAUUUUUAAGAUGAAUUAUCAUUAGCAAGAAAAGAUCGAGGCUAACGUUCCUUUGUUUAUAUUAUCUCUACGCCCCGGAAAUAACUUUCGGUGUUAUUUAUUUGUAUAUAACGUUACCAGACGUCUUAACAUCCCAGCAGGAAAAGUUACCUGAGUAAAGCCUCGGUUUUUACUUUCCGCAAGAACGAUCGCAAGGACGAUCGCAAGGACAUGAGCUGACGAGGAAUUGUGACGAGGAAACGUUUGGAUCUUUUAUACUCGGUUUCUCCUCGUGGCAAACCGGCAAGUUCUCCAUUUUCGCUGCCCAUCUGCGUCCAUGUAGAUAGAAAAAUGUUGGAUGUACACGGACAGGCGAAAACCUGAUGCAAAGAACCCUGCGAAGGGACGUGUCUGAUGGUGUGAUGUCACUUUGGCUUAAAGCAUGAUUCAUGCUUGUCGCAUCCACAAGGGUCAAAGUGACGUCACACCAUCAGACACGGCCCUUCGCUGGGUUCUUUGCAGCAGGUUUUCGCCUGUCCUUGUAUUUACAAAUUGCUCUAACUACGCGGCGAAAAUUGAGAACUUUGAGGAGCUUUGAGAAUGUCGGUUUACCGCGAGGAGAAACCUACACCGAGUAUAAAAGAUGUCCAUGCGAUCGUCCUUGCGGAAAGCAUAACUGAGGCUGGUAAGUUAUCAUAAUGAAUAUAUCCUUCCACCACUUACUGUAGUUCUUGCUGUCGGCCUCUUGAAGCUAUAUUGCCUGACGUCCAGAAACUAUAAUACACGGAACCGGCGUCGCCAUGUUUCUUUUUGUUAAGCUUGUCCGGCCUAGCAACAGUAACUAAGGGGGUCGGGAAUUAGGAAGGGUCAAAUCACAGCCACGUGACCAAUGAACAGGCCUCUGGUGUGGUCGAGGCUGAAGUGCUGAAGGACUGUUAACCUGCAGCGAUCAAACAUUUGCAUGUGAUUAUCAGGAGACACAGUGGUGACAGAUGUGUUGCAGAACUGUUUGCCUUUUUUUUAAUACCCGGAAAGAAAACACACUCCAAGAAAAGACGUUGCGGUCAGAUAUCGCUUACUUUGUACCUUCUUUCGUAUUUACCGACCAGCUUCUCUCCUGAACACAGACGUAGCUCUGCAUCACAAGAAGAGCGACAGAGAUCAUUUCAGCAACACAACAGAUUAUUUUCAGCGUAUAUAUAUAUAUAUUUAUGUUCGUUACAAAAUUCCUCCGAGGCUGACACCUGCUGCUCUUAAAAGAGUCUGUCGUUGAACUAAAACCUGGACGCUCGCCCUUCAGCAGGCUCUCCCGUUUUUAUACACAUUCCUGAUGUGACUUGUGGCAAUAAAAACACAGCUAGCUAAAGCACCGAAUGUUUUGCCUAAAGUGACAUUUCGUCGUAUCACUCCACAGGAAGAGUCUGUUGAAAGCUAUAGAAAUCAAUCACUUUGACCCCCCUUUGAUUUAUUGAUUUUUUUUUGUGGUUGGGUUUUGUUGUACAUUACGUCUAUACAAAGUUUUUAAUGUUAAGUAUUGUAUUGACUUGAAUUACUGUAAGAUUUCUAUGUGAUUGGAGGGGAUUUUUUGGUGCUUGUUAAAGAAUAGGCAGUUGUAGGAUUAAUACUUUAGGGACUUUCAUCAGAUCAAAUAUCUCAACAUUUAAUUCCUCUUUUCAUGAUGUGUUCUCUAAAAUGCAUUGGAUAAAUGAAUGAAAUCCUUCAAAGUAAAGGUACUAUUAGGUAUAACAUUAUAGACUGACGCCUCCUGCAUCUGAUCUUUAAAUCUUAUGAGGUAUUUAAACACUUAAAAAAGUUGAGGCAAUCACUGAAUCGUGCCAAAUCUGGCUUUGAGAAUGAAUUUUCCUGAUUGAAUUGGACCCGUAGUUUUCACGUUUUAUUUAGUCUUUUUUGUUGUUAAUUGAGGGGGACCACUGUGUAACUGACUGCUGGAAUAUGUUGUAGUUUGUUGUUAAAUUUGGAGAGUGUGGAAACGGAUGGUACGAAUCACUGUUAGGGCCUUUUUUUUGUCUUUCUGAAUUUAUGUAGAAUUAAUCUGAUGUUUCUUGGCAAUCACCACACCAACCUCAGGCUCUGUGCUAAACUGUUCCUCUGAGUGUCUUUUCAUUUCACUGGUAAGCCUUUAAUGAAUUAAUUAAUAUAUAUAUAUACACACAUUACUCCAACACGUUCAUGCACUAUCAUAACAUAUCUAAUCGUACUGACUCCGUAUUUGUUCAUGCAUCGGCUGCACAGCUAUCCACACAUGAAGCAUUUUCUUACAACCGUUAAUAUUUUUCAUUUAUUGGAUCACACGACAACUUUGAUUCAACUUUUAACAGAUUUUUUCCUCAUGCCAAGGUGACUUACUUGAUUUUUUUUUUUUUUUUUGUCUUUAGUUAGUCUGUCGUAUGUCUGAAAAUGGUGAAAUCAACCUAUUUGGCACAAAUCUAUUAUGUGAAAAACAUUCUGAAGUAUUUGAGGGAAUAGCACAUUUUGUAAAAAUCUCUAUAACAAUAAAAGCUAAUGGUUUCCAUAA